AGAUCAUCUGUCUAGCUUAAUUCCUAUUGGAGCAAACAAGUUAGACAUCAGCAUUGUAGUUUAUAUUUCCUACCUACAGAGGCGCUUUGCAACACGUAAAAACAGCUCAUGAUCUUACUAAAUUUUUUCUCUCUGGUAUUAUUAGUUAAAUGCGUGAAUGCAUUCAGGCGUGCUCGGGCACACGUGUUGAUCGCUUGUUUGGCAAAUAGAGAAAAAUGGCACUGAAAGUACAAAAGAAGAGUUUAGCUGACAAAAUAAAUACGUUAAUAACAAGCAAGCCGGAGCAUUUUGAUUCGGAUGAAGAACCAGACGAGACAAAAGCAAAAGUGGUGGAAUAUUACGAUGAGAGCGGUGCUUCGGACGGUGAUUUUCGCCAAUCGAAAAUUCGCAGGCAGAAUAUCGAUACGCUGGAUAAAAUAGACAAGAGAUACGCGGGUAAGAAGGUUUCAAGAAAAGACAUAUACAGUGAAGAAGAUGAUGAUACAAGUAAAAGUAAAAACAUAGAAAGUCAAAGUUCUGAAGGAUGCAUGGAGGAAGAGGAAAUAGAAAGUCAAAGUUCUGAAGGAUCCAUACAGAAAGAGGAAAUAGAAAGUAUUCAAGAAGGAAGCAGCAAUGAAGUGUACGAUAAAGGGGCAGAUUCUCAACAAGAGUCUGAAGAUGCUGAGAGUGAAUCUGAUGAUUUGGAAGAUGACUAUGAUAUAGACAUAAACAAUCCUCUUUAUAGAAGGAGAGAUUCUGUUAUUAAGACUAUGUCUGAAGCAAAUACUGAGGCAGAAAUGGAAAAAGGAAACUGUGUUAGAAGUCAAUUAAAGAUUUGGGAGAAUUUAUUAGAGAUACGAAUAAAGUUACAAAAAUGUAUUGUAACUAGUAAUCAAAUGCCACAGUACGACGCACAUAAGGAACUCAGAUCUUAUAGCAACUUGGACAAAAAUUUCACAAAAGAGGUGAAUGAAACUAAAAGCAAAUUAAUGCUGCUCCUGGAUAAUAUGUUGCAACUGAAAGAACUUUUGCUGAAGCAGUAUCCUGAAACAAAAAGUCUAUGUGCUGAUUCUAAGAAGAAAAAUAUCGACAAAAAUGAGGACAAAAGUGUAGAUAAUCUAGUGGACGAAGAGAUACCUUCUGACACUGAGGAUGAAUUAGGCAAUGAAGAGGGGCCAUCUGACGAUGAGAAAGCAAAACUAGCCGAAGAACCAACACCUAGAAAACGACUUAAGUACAACGAUUACGAACGUGUCCUCCGAGAAAGUCACAACUCGUACAUAGAAUAUAGAGACUCUGUUAUCAGAAAAUGGAACGAAAAAACGCGAAUUAUUACAAGCUCGCUGAGUAAGGGUGGGGGGGCUCAAACAACGCUAAAUCAAAUUGCAUUUGCCAUGAGCGAUAUAGGUAAAUUGCGGAAGAAAACUCGGCUGAAGCGCUCGGAGUAUAACAUUGUCAGAAAAUCAUUACCGCCUGACGACAACGAUGGCAGAAGAUUUCAAGAAUAUGAUCCAGAAAUAUACGACGACGACGAUUUUUAUCAUCAGCUGUUGAGGGAUUUAAUCGAAUACAAAUCGGCAGACGUGACAGAUCCGAUACAACUCAGCAAACAGUGGAUUCAGUUGCAGAACAUGCGUAGGAAGAUGAAAAGGAAAAUUGACACUCGCGCCACAAAAGGUCGAAGAGUACGAUAUAAUAUUCAUAAUAAGUUGGUGAAUUUCAUGGCGCCUAUCACAGUAUAUGAUACGUGGACAGAUCCCGCAAAGAACGAGCUAUAUAGUUCAUUAUUUGGUAAAAUAAAGAUAGUAGAAGAGCAGAAUAAAUAAUAAUUAUGGUUAAUUAUGUAUUAUGUAUAUAUUUUUUCCUUGUGAAGUAUGAAGUAUGAGUUACAUUACUUGAAAAGAUUUCAGAGUAAAUUACACAGUAUAAAUAAAGAUCUAUCGAGUGCUGAAA